CUGGUUCGCUCAGAUCCACGUGGAGCUCAUUGUUUUUGCGUCCUUAAGAGCGGCGCGGCGCGCAGUGUCAGUUUGGUGAACUUUUCUUCUUCAUUCCCCCUGCUCAGAGGAGGAUCUGUAGCUGGAGUCCGUCCAGGCUUCUGCUCGACCUGUUGACAAAGGUAUACAAAUGCUCUCCGUCCAGCCGGACACCAAGCCAAAAGGCUGUGCCGGCUGCAACCGGAAGAUCAAGGACCGCUACCUGCUGAAGGCCCUCGAUAAGUACUGGCACGAGGACUGCCUAAAGUGUGCCUGCUGUGACUGCAGGCUGGGCGAGGUGGGCUCCACGCUCUACACCAAAGCCAACCUCAUCCUGUGCCGGAGAGACUACCUACGGUUGUUUGGCGUAACGGGGAACUGCGCGGCCUGCAGCAAGCUAAUUCCAGCCUUCGAGAUGGUCAUGAGGGCCAAGGAGAAUGUCUACCACCUGGACUGCUUCGCAUGCCAGCUCUGCAAUCAGAGGUUUUGUGUGGGAGACAAGUUUUUCCUGAAGAACAACAUGAUCCUGUGCCAGACAGACUACGAGGAGGGGCUGAUGAAGGAAGGCUACGCUCCCCAGGUCCGCUGACCCUCGUAGGUCGACGAGGAGGAGGAGGAAGAGGGGGAGGAGGAGGAAGAGGAGUGGGAGCAAGAGAGAGACCUGAAGGAGAGCUUGCAAUCACACAACAAAAAAGCACUAUCGCCUCCUAUCCAGCUCCUGUCCCCCACCAUGUACAUAACUAAGCAAGGGGACACACUCUGCUGUACAGAAUAGCCAUAGAGACGCCGCAAGUGGCAGGGAAAGGCCCGGGAAGCCUGCAACAAACGACAAGUGUGAAAAAAAAAAAUGUAAUAGUGUGGCCCUUUCUUUGUGUUUUACGGACGCUGCCUCUUUCCUCCUGGCCAACAGACACCGGCCUCAGAGCCAAUUCUAACCAGCGGCUGAUCCCGGCUGUUGGAAAGCAAAAACAAGAUAUAUAUUAACCCACCCUAAAGCAGUCUUGUCUCUUCUUAUCUGACAAUGACAGACAACUUCUACUUGAAUCUAAAAUACACUGAGGUAUUGUCAAUCAAUGUAAUUUUGAGGUAACAACCUUUUUACUGUAUGAUAUUGGAUUCAGAACACAGUGAAUGUAAGCGGAAGAGCGGCAAAAUGAACGCUGAUGACUAAUUUGUUGCUGUGCGUGUGUGCGUGUGUGCCUGCGUGCGUGGGUGUGUGCACGUAUGUGUGCGUGUGUCUGAGCAUGUUGAGGAUUUAUUCGUCUUGAAAGGCUCGGUCUGGUCCAUACUGGUUCAUACUUUAAUUCCGGGUUACUACUAGAACAUGUUUGUCAACAUGUCAAAAACCACAUUAUUUUCUCCUAUUGUCUGUCUGAAUAUACCUGUAUUCAACUUCUGUCUGAAACCCUAAAAAUCCAGUCUGCUCUGAUUGGCUUGCAAAAGGUCUUCCCAAUAGAAGAGGACCUGCUCCACCGCCCAGGAAAAUGUAUAUACAAGCACAGAAAAGUGAGUUUUUCAUGAUAUGGGUCCUGAUGAGUAUAUUUAUAUUAACAAUGAAUACAAUUACUUCGGAUGUGAAAUGCGUCUCCAUAGUGAUUGGGCCCCAGAAAAUCCUGACGACUUUCAGCUCUUCUGAGCUUUUUUCCUCAGCACCAAACGGCAGUAAAAGUUAGCAACUAGUUGGAGCAUUUAGCAUCUAAAGAGCCACAUAUUUUCACAUCAAUUGGUGGAGACCAAAACAGAGCUAAAACAUGGACUUGUAUUCAUCAGGUGUACACAAAGACCGUUCCAAGGAGAUGUCAAUGUUGCUCUGUGUCUUGCUCUGUGAAUGUGUAAAUAGGCAACAAACAUGUUGCAACAAAACAAAUACAGUAUUUUCAGAUGUUUUCAGCUCUACUGCCCCCAAGUGGUCAAAAUAAACAAUUAAAGCAACUUCAAACGCUAUGGACCAGACCUGAUGCCUGUGGACAAACGCGUGGUUGUGAGAGACUAUCUGACAUGGGGUGACAAGAGUCAUCGCUCCAUUCCUGAAAUGCAUUCCGUCAGAGCUUCUUUCAGCAGUAUUUGUGCAGCCCGGGUUUGGACUGUGACUCCGGGCUCCGUUCUGAGAGAGAGCUGUGUAUUUUUUGCUGGAGACAGUCUUUCUAUUUAUGAAAACCUUUCUUUCACACUGGUCAAACGGAAAUGUGGGGAACCGUCCAAGGCGGCAGGUUUGUUGUAGCGGUUGUUAGGGGUGUUGGGAUUGGUCGAGGGUUGGUGGGGGUUGGUUACUUUUUGUACACUAUUUAUUUGAUAAGCAUUCAGUGCAUCGCCCGUUGUCCACAAUUUGGCAUUGUUUGACAUGCUGAUACUUGAAUCCAGUUUAGGAAUUCUCAAUCUAGGUUUGGCUUUUGUUGAGUGGUGGCUGUGUGAUUUUCAACACGGCUUUGGGUUCAGGUAACUGCACCCUGCGGCAGGUCAGUCACCUUAAGGCCCGCUCAUCUCUGUCAUGGUGGCCGCCUGCUGCAGGAGGAGUUACAUCCAGUAGUAAAUAUCAGCAUCUGAGCGUGUGCAACAGCGCUCAGCACAUUUUCUUAGCUGGAAAAAAAAAUCUUUAAUUUGUAAAUUGUGGGUGAACAUAAAAGAAAUAUUCAUUUUUGCUUGCUAUUGUACAAUGAUUUCUUUUUAUGUGUCAUCCAGCAUGAGAUGUUUAUUUUUAGGA